AAGGCCGAGUCCCGAAUUUGGCGACUGGAUUUCCUCAUCACUCGCAGCAAGCAGCAAGCUGCUUCCCAACUCUCCUCCGACGACACCCUGAGCAAGCAUGACAUUGCCAAACUACGCUGCGCUGCUGCCGCCCAGCUGGAAGACACAGGUGUCUGCCUGGCUCGCCGAGGACUGCCCCGCCUUUGACUGGGGCGGCUUCGUCGUGGGCGAUGCGCCUCGCACGGCGCAUCUGCUCGCAAAGGCACCGGGCAUCCUCGCCGGCGUCCCCUUUUUCAAUGCCGUCUUUGAUCAGCUCGGCUGCACCGUCGAGUGGAAGUUUAAGGAAGGCGAUGCGAUCCAGCUGCACGGAGGCAAGAGGGUUGUCGUGGCUGUCGUCAAGGGUCCCGUCCGAAACCUGCUCCUGGGUGAGCGGGUGGCCCUCAACACCCUUGCCAGAUGUAGUGGUGUCGCCACGGCCUCAAGGGCCUUCCUCGACAAGGCUCGCAACGCUGGCUUCAAGGGCAUCGUCGCCGGUACUCGGAAGACUACGCCCGGAUUCCGGCUCGUCGAAAAGUACGGCAUGGUCGUGGGCGGCGUCGACAUGCACCGCUACGACCUCUCGUCGAUGGUCAUGCUCAAGGACAACCACAUCUGGGCCACCGGCAGCAUCACCAAUGCCGUCCAAAAGGCCCGCUCCGUCGCCGGCUUCUCCCAGCGCAUCGAUGUCGAGGUGCAGUCGUACGACGAGGCCGUCGAGGCCAUCAAGGCUGGAGCCGACGUCAUUAUGCUCGACAAUCUCACGGGCGAUGCGCUGGUGCAGUGCGCACAGCGCCUCAAGACGGAGCUUCAUGCGAGCCGCGGCGUCGCCGGUGGCCGGAGCUUCCUCCUCGAGAGCAGCGGGGGCAUCGACAUUGACAAUGUCGCCGGUGGCCACGUCGACGAUGCCAUCGACAUCAUCAGCACGAGCGCCAUCCACCAGUCGACAAAGCACAUUGACUUUUCCCUCAAGGUCGAUCCUUCGUCCGCUUCCUCGUCCUCGGACCAGUCCACUGCAGUCUGAUCAUUCUAGGUGUACAAUUGUCAUUUUGUUUUUUUCUACUCGUCCUCUGGCCCUUGCCCUC